CUCCAGAUGUCUUCUGGGAUAGGUGAAGUCGGUACUAUUAACUGGAAGUUGAUGUUGUGUUUCUUAAUCAUCUGGUUAGUUGUCGGGUUGUGUGUUAUUAAAGGCGUUAAAAGCAUUGGCAAGAUAGUAUACGUGACAGCAAUCCUUCCAUAUAUACUUCUAUUUAUAUUUUUGGUUCAUGGACUUACCCUCGAUGGUUCAGUAGAUGGCAUAAUAUUCUUUUUUAAACCAAAUUUUGCUAAAGCCUUCACAUUUGAAGUGUGGGUGGCAGCUGCAAUUCAAGUAUUUUAUUCCUUGGGCAUAAGCAAUGGUGCACUGUAUGCAUUUUCCAGUUUCAAUAAAUUUCACAAUAACACUCUACGAGAUACAUGUAUUCUAACCUUUGUAUGUGAAGGGUCAAGCAUCUUAGCCGGUGCAGUUAUAUUUUCUGUGUUAGGAUAUUUGGCAAAGAAAUAUUCUAUACCUAUCCAAGAUGUCGUAAAGUCAGGUCCUGGACUUGGUUUUGUUGCGUAUCCAGAGGCUUUUGCACACCUUCCUGGACAGAACAUCUGGACCAUUUUAUUCUUUAUCAUGCUGCUUAGUUUAGCCCUUGAUUCAAGAUUUGGUAGUUUUGAGUGCGUUGUUAUAGCAGCUAUUGACAUCUGGCCUAUUUUGUUGAGGAAAAGAACAAUUGUGAUCAUCGUAUUGUGUUGUUUCUUUGCCAUGUCUGGAAUUAUUUUCUGCUUCCAGUCAGGGAUCUACUUAUUUCAAAUAAUGGACUGGUAUUGUUCCUUUUCUCUGCCAUUUAUCGGAAUGAUCGAGUGUAUCGUGUUUGGGUGGAUUUAUGGCACAAAUAAGCUUUCCAAAGAUUUUAAGAUGAUGAAUGGACAAGGAAUUCCGAUAUAUUUAAGGAUAUGUAUUUGUUUUAUUGCACCUUUACUACUCCUGACUAUUUUUAUCAGUGGAAUGGUGAGUUAUAAGGCUCCAACGCAUGGUGAUUACCAGUAUCCGAAUGCCGCCAUUGCUUUUGGAUUUAUAUUGUCAUUGUUACCAUUGAUACCUAUUCCAGUGUUUGCUAUUCGAUCUAUAAAGAUGGCUCCGGGUCACACCGUAAAAGAGAAAUUCUUUUUCUCUAUGAGACCAAAUUCGAAUUGGAAGCCAGCAGAACUUUCAUUACAAGAAAGCUACACUAACAAAGAAUAUCACGAAGGCACUAUUAUGGAACGAAUGAAACUAAAUGUAUUUGGGGACUAGCGCAACUAAUAUACACGUACAGCUGACUAAUUAUUAUAUAUUGAUCAUGUAUCAUUUGGUAUUAUUUAAUAUAAUAUUCGUUUUGUGUGUAUACCCGAAACUAUAAACAUGAUGAAUGUUAACACAGAAAUCAUCGAAUGCAAAAUAACAUUUCUAUCGCGUGUUAUAUGCAUUAAUUCCUUUCUUCAAUGAAUACUCGUCAAAUAUUU